CGAGAGCUUCACCCAGUCCAUAUCAUCCAUAUGUGUUCUCAUUACCAGAACGUAAGAAGUUCCGAUGUCUAAUGUGCCAGGAUGUUUUCAACACCAAGCCAAACAGAUUUUUUCAGUCCCAUGUGGGAAAAUGUAAGAAUGUCGCAGCCGAUGUGCAGAAAAGAAGUGCUCCCCUCGUGGCACAAACAUUUGUGCAAGAAUCUGGAAAUGUGUUGAAUGUUGCUGCAGAGAGGAUACUACAGCAAGUGAAUACUGCUGGCAUGUCCAGUAAGAAGAGGAAGUGCAUCAUGCCUCAUGCUGGGAAACAAAUGGCUGCUGCUGAAUCAAGCAGGGCAGGGAAGAACGAUGGUGGCCGUGUCACUUUGGAUGAAAACAAAUCAUUUUCAGAGUUGCUCCGUCAAGGGAGGUCCAUUGCGCUUAAGUUCAAGGACAUGCAUGGCAACCCUGCUGCACUUGAUGAUGCGCGGUUACAGUUGUUUGAACUAUUCGCAAAGAUGGGAUCAACUGUUAUUACUGAAGAUAGGCUGCACAAGGAGCAUUUGUCCCUGGAGUUGCCACAGGCUGAGCAGCAGGUGCUGCCGUACCCUCUGGUCUCAGACAGUGUGGAGCCCUGGAAUCAGCCCUCCAUGAGCCAGCAAAGAGAGGUCCAAAGCCAGCAGAGCCAAUGGAGAAACAACACAAUGCUUGACACUUUAACCAGGACUUUUCCUGCAUUAGCUACUGUGUAUGGUAAUCCUAAUGAAUCUUGGCAAGCUCCUGCAACAAACGUUUAUCAGCAAAUGCAUCAUGAUGCUUCUAGCAAAAAUAUCGGAAGAUCCUUGCUAUAUUCCAGUGACGUUCUAUCCUAUUAAGCAACAGUCUUCAAGGUGGUGGUUCAGUUCAACACUGCUGACCUCCAUGUCCGGCGCCCCAUGCUCCAACCUUGGACUUGUUCCCAGGGACAUGAAUGGUAGCUUUCCAGUCAGUACUACAAAUUCCUCUGGCCGAAGCAUUGGUGUUAGCUCUUUGGUGACUGAUGGCAAUUCAUCGCUUUCUGGAGGUGCCCAGUUUCAGCAAAGUACGCGCACGAAUGCUGAUUCAUUCAUGUGCCUUCUUGCCUUUCUGAUGUCGUUUUCGUCCAAUAACAUUUCCAGCAGGGGUAAUAAUCGAGCCUCUCUAUAUUAUGCAAAUUGAUAUGCUUUAAACAACAA